CAAAGUUUAUCCUUCAUUGUACAGACCAGUUUUGUGGUGUGUAUAAUGUGGACGGCCUUAUAUAUCAAUUAAGCAAUUAACAAAAGCCCAUUAGGUAAAAGUUACGUUGCAGAAUAACUUAGAAUUACAAUCAUUCUUCUAUUAGAUAUUACAACUGAUUGAAUAACUUUAAUUUUGUAUUUUCCACAAGAACCCUUCGUAAACAGAAAGCAGAUGAAUAUUAAAGAUUCAAUAUUUCCGGAAGAAAAGGAAGAAUUUCCUUGGGAUGAGAAGGCCCUUAAAGCUUUUAAAAAAACUAUAAAAGAUCAAGGGAUUAAAUGUCGUAUGGAUGACAUUUUUCUUCUGGGUUUUCUUCGUGCUAGAAAAUUUGACUUGCAGAGAUCGCUUCAGCUGCUCAAGAAUUACUAUAACGUGAGAGUAAAUUAUCCACAAUACUCUAAGGAUCUUCUUCCCUCCAAGUUGGAGCAUGCUUUGAACCUGAAGAUUUUGCAAUUUCUUCCGAAUCUUGACCAAGAUGGAUGUUAUAUUUACCUUUUUCGAGUUGUCAAUUGGGAUCCUUCUGUUUCAAGUGUAACCGAUGUAUGGCGUUGUGUAUUGCUUUACAUGGACUUACAAUUGAAUUUUCAUCGAACUCAAGCUAAGAAAAUCGUUUGUGUUAUAGACACAGGAGGAAUGAAUUUGUCACAUUUCUAUCAUUUAUCACCCAGAGCCAUAAGUUCUUUAGUAAUGCUUAUUCUUAAAGAUUCUUAUCAAAUGCGAUACAAGGCGAUACAUUAUGUAAACAUGAAUGUCGUAAUAAAAGCUAUUUUAAGUAUUUUACUUCCACUUCUACCAGACAAACUCCGGAAGAGGGUACAUUUGCAUUCGGAUGUGGAUACUUUGCACGAAUUCAUCAGUCCAGAUUGUCUGCCUUUGGAAUUAGGAGGUAAUUUACCGAGUUUCGAUCCUACUGAAGCCAAUAACAUGCUUAGAUCUAACGAAGAAUUCUUCCGAACAAACGAAGAAUACGUGAAAUUGUACGAAGAAGAAACAAAUAAAAAUUUCAGCCAAGGCAGAUUUAGAUACGAUGAGGACUUAGGUUUGGAUCUAUCAAUAGAAUGGAAACCGGUGUUCAUGUUAUGUAAUGGUGUUGUUUAUAGCGACGACGUGUGA